GUCCUCAAGAGGGUAAAGAUCGGCGAAGACCUGACGGGCCCGCAGAAGGAGAGAGUGUUGAACCUGAUUGCGGCUUACCAUGGGGUAUUCGCGGUCGAUAUGAGCGAACUUCGACCCUGUAGACAUACGGGACAUAGGCUCGAGGUGGAUGGGAGCUCGAGGCUUACGAAAACGGCGUUUGGGAGGCCGAUGAGCGAUAUACAGCUGAAAGCUGCGGUCAAGCUAGUCGACAAUAUGCUAGCCGCCGACAUCAUAGAGCAAGUC